UGUUGAUGCACCAUUUUAUGGAAGUGGUAUUGCCUUCCUAAAGAAGUGUUGUCAACAUUAACAUAAACUGCCAGAGAGCAAGACAGGUAUACAUUUCUGAAUAAGCAGCCAACUGUUAAACAUUAAUUCUAACGAUGAAGUUUUAUUCACGGCGUGCUGUUGAAAACAGGAGAGCUGUGCCUGCUGUUAGCAGAAGAAUGGAUAAAUUCUUGCUGACCUGAAUUGCAUUUAUGUCAGAGCGCGCCCAUUUGAGAAUGUGAACAAGCCAGAUGUACAGGGAAUGUAAAGAAGAUGCAAGUUUCCUCGUUAGAAUACAUUGCAAGUUUAACUAUUAAAAGGUUCCUUGUUGAUAAAAAGAAAUUGCCUGAAGAUGAUAGUGAUUGUCGUGUUAUUUGGAAUCAGAUACACUCUAUGCCAAAUUUCCAUGUGCACCUGGAGAGAAUUCUAGAAAUUUUGGUGGAAAGACAACCAAAGUUAGUAACAGACAGCAUUCUCAAGCUACUUCUCUCUGGUAAAUUUCACUUCAAGCGUUUGAUCCUCAAAGGAUGCAGUAGUUUGACACUUGAAGGAUUUUCUUCAGCCAUACAAAACCAGCCUCAUAUUAAACACCUUGAUAUCUCAAGCUGUGAAAAUCUUGCUGAUGCAUCCUUGGGAAAUGUUUUGGCUUUGCAUCUUCAACAUCUGGAGUCGCUUUCAUUUGAGUCAUGUGACAACCUAUGUGAUGAUAUUGUCAAGGUCAUUAUCUCAAAAUGUGCCCACAUAAAAUAUCUGAGCUUGGCAUGCAGCCCCUGUUUGACAGACGAAAUGUUUAAUUUUGAAAGCUUUGUCCAGAGUUGCAAAGAUGGAGAGAGAAUACUUAGCUCUUUAUCAAGAAUAGAUUUGUCUGGCUGUCAAGGAAUUUCAAGUAAAUCUGUGAGAAACCUUUUCUCUUUGUGUGGAUCAACAUUGGAAAGUGUGGAUAUUUCUUGGACCAAAGUUGAUUGUACAGCUUUGGUUUACUUGUCUGGAUUUAGUUUGUCAUCUGCUGUUUUCAUAGCAACACACGCGGAUGAGAAAAAUCUGCCAUGCUCUGUAGCUGAAUUAGAAGCUUCGCAAGAAUUUGAGUUCCAAAUGAUAAAAGAGAUGAACAAAAGUGAUUCUAUUAAUUCUAACUCACAAAGAUUAUCAGAGAUGUUUUUGGUACCAACAGAGAAGGAUAACAAUAUUGCCAGUGGAGGUGACCUAGCCCAGAAAACAGAAUCCAUUGUUGCUGAGAUUGUAACAAAGGAAAAUGGCACAUUUUCUUCUUUUUGUGAAAGCAUAAAUCCAGGAGCAGAUCAUUUCGAGCAAGAAAAUCAUCCAUGUGUAUUAAAAGAUGGGUUUUUGAAGCAAUGUAUCUUUUCCUAUUCAUCUCAAGAUAACCACUAUGCUGACACAACAUCAUCUGCCUGCAAAUGCCAAUUGCCUCAGCCUCACAAAAAUGGAUAUCAAGGAAAACUUGCUAACACAUAUCAUUGCUCUAUUUGCAAUUUAGAAGGAAGAAAUGGGCUUCGACGGGCCCACUCAUUUAGUUGUAUUUCAGAAGAUAUUCAGAAAACAGAAAAUAAGACAGCCUCCACUUUGUUUUCUAAUCCAGAACAUUAUUAUGAUAAAUAUAGAAAACAUGUAGGAAUAUUGGCUUCAACCAAUAAUUCAACAUUUAAUAUUAAAACUAAAACUGUGGCUGCAAAGCCUAGAUGGAGUGAUACAGAAACCUACCACCACAGCAGUAGAAUAAACAAUUUUGUUUCAGAGGCUUUAGGUACUUCAAACACAUAUACCACAUGGAAUGAUUUGUCAAACGAAUACGAGAAAACGUAUUCAAAGAUAGUUAAAGAAAGCUCAACUGGUUUCGAAGGAGAAGUCAGUUCAAAUUGUAAGAAUUUUUUUGGAAAUGAUCCCAAAGAAUAUAGUGUUGUUCAUGGCACCCAAAAAAGCAAAUUACCAGACUUGUCAGAGGUUGCUUUUCUGUGUCCAAACAAGGUUGCCCCUUUUGUUUUUCCUGAUGUUGCUAAUAAUAUUGGAAAUAGUGCCAAGUCGUUUACUUCAUCUGAAUCUUUUUACCAAAAUAACCAAGAUAGGAUGAAAACUCUGAGUAAAUCGAUUCAAAUUUCAGCACACGAUCUCAACUUAGAUGCAACAAGAGUCAUGCAAAAAUCUGUUAUCUCUUCUGAACAAAAGUAUGGAAGUGAAAUUGACAAAUCUGAGAUUGAGGCUAAAUUGUCAGCAGCAGUUGAGUUUUAUAAACCAAGACAGAUGCUUGUAAGCCAUAUAACAGAACUUGAUAUAUCACAGAUCUCCUUUUAUGAUUCAGAUGUUGGCAAGGACUGCAUCAAAAUGUUUGUUCAUUCUAAUCAUUCAUUGACCUCAUUGUGCAUUUCAUGGACAGGACUUACUGACGCGAUUUUGGAAGAAAUUGCCAGAAAUGAACCAAGGCUGAUUAAACUUGGUCUGCCAGAGUGUGAAUGCUUGUCAAAUUCGGGUAUUAUUGCUGUUGGACUGUACUGUAAAAAUCUACAAAUCUUGGAUCUCCAGGGAGUUCCAUUCAUAAGUGACAGAGGACUUCUUGAUGUUCUUUCAUCAGGGCUACUCGAAGAGCUGACAUUAGCAGAAUGUGCAAUUACAGAUACAACAUUAAGAAAUAUUGCCAAUUAUUGCAGCCUGACG